AAAUGAGCAAGCCAUCAUACCAAUAUUAGUCAGAGCAGUUCCUUGUUUACCUUCACCAAACGUGUUUUUCACAAGUUCGCUGCGAGUGUAAUAAUUUUUUUUUUUAACAGAACGUGUGCACCAUGAUUGCUUCAUCAUCCGACGAAGACGAUGUUGAUGAGGCUGGCGAUGUUGACGAACAUGCACAAGAACUUCUCAGUAUUUACCAAAGAAGCGAGCAGACAUACUCUACGACGACGGCUCCUUCGCCCAGUGUAAGUCCUUCUCUGCACACGCCGAGCCCUACACUUUCCGUUGUAUCAGAUGCCACAUUACAGGAGCAACAAGAAGACGAUGAAAGAAGAGAGAGACUGCAGUUGUAUAUUUUCGUUCUGCGCUGCAUCGCUUAUCCAUUCAACGCCCGACAGCCAACAGAUUUGGCACGAAGGCAUGCACGAGUUAGCAAACAAGACCUUGUGAAAAUAAAACAACGAUUUGAAGAUUUCCUCAAAGGUGACACAAAAAUUGCUUCUGAUGAGGCGUUUUAUAACGCAGUAAGAGCCUACUUUGAUAUAUUUAUUUGCAGCGAGAGAGUGCAAAAGAUGGUUAUCAGUGGCGGGUGUUCGUCGAAUGAUUUUCGUGAGGUUUUCAAGGCCAUGAUCGAGAAACGCGUUCGAAGUCUUCCUGAAAUAGACGGUAUUAGCAAAGAAACUGUGCUAAGCUCUUGGAUGGCGAAAAACGAUGCCAUUUUUCGUGGAGAAGAUGAUCCAAAAAAGGGCCCAAGAAUUGCGGCCUCGGCAGCAUCUGAACUGAUUUUGUCAAAAGAGCAACUCUAUGAAAUGUUUCAAACCAUUUUGGGCGUCAAAAAAUACGAACACCAAAUAUUGUUCAAUGCCUGUCAGGAUGAUAUAUGUUCAAGGAAAGACUGUUUGGAAAAAGUGGAAAAAACGCUUUUUUGUACUAGUACAGGUGAGUCAUUACACCUUUGCCAUGUGCAGUUACCGUGAGAAGUCAGCUGAACCAACAGAGAUGAUGCAUUUAGAGGGGUACACUGUGGAUUACUGUGAAGCAGUCAGUGGUGAAGAGCACAAAGGUGGAAAGUUCUUCUUCAAAGCCGUAAAGGAAGGUGAUCAAGUCUUGUUUGCGACUGAUGAGGAACUUGAGAGACAGAUCUGGGUUAAUAAGCUUUACACUGCUACUGGCCAAUCCCACAAGCCCAUCGCUCCGAAUUUAUCAGCCAUCAGUGUCCAGCCACAUGUUAGCAACACCUUGACAAGACUGCAAGGAGAUCAUGACCGUGCUAGAAAACAUGGCCUUGAGGACUUGAUCCAAGCUGAUCCUAGCUUUUUUAAUCACCAUGUUCUGUUUGAGAAGCUUCAGCUUCUCACUCUAACACACAGACUGAACGACUCCUACUCUUGUCUGGGUUGGUUUUCCCCUGGUCAGAUAUUUGUGCUGGAUGAGUAUUGCGCUCGAUAUGGAGUACGUGGCUGCCACAGACAACUGUGUUACCUCAGUGACAUGUUGGACAGAGCAGAGGCUGGUGUAAUGAUCGAUCCCACCUUACUACACUACAGCUUUGCAUUUUGCGCAUCACAUGUGCAUGGGAACAGGCCGGAUGGCUUAGGAACCAUUACAGUGGAUGAAAAAACCCGGUUUGAGGAUAUUAAGAUACGCCUCUGGAAUCUUCUUGCCUAUCAAAUCACUCGUUUCAGAUAUUCUUUUCCUUUUGGGAGACCAGAAGGGGCACUUAAGGCAACGCUGUCCUUAUUUGAAAGGGUUAUGAUGAAGGAUAUUUCCACACCUGUUCCACCAGAGGAAUUUAGAAAGGAAAUCAGAAGCUGCCUUCAUCAAGCCGCUCUUGUUAAUUAUACCCGGGUCUCGGCUUAUGCAAAGAUUGAAGAGUCAUCCGGAAAUCACGUGUCACCUGAGACUAAACUGAAUGACAUCAUGCAUCUGGCGGAACUGUGUAUUGAUUUACUCCAUCAGAAUGAAGAACAUCAUGCUGAGGCGUUGGCUUGGGUUUCCGACCUGAUGGUAGAACAUCAGGAAAUCUUCUGGUCUCUGUUCACUGUUGAUAUGGAUGCUGCUCUGGCUGCACAGCUUCCCGACACAUGGGAGAGUUUUCAGCUGUUUCAACUGUUAAAUGAAUAUCUCUGUAAUGAUACCAACCUCAAUCGUGGGAAAUUCCACCGUCAUUUACGAGAUAUGUUCGCUCCUCUUGUUAUUCGAUAUAUUGAUCUGAUGGAGUCGUCCAUUGCGCAGUCACUGCACAAGGGAUUUCAAAAAGAGAACUGGACUCCCCUCAGAGAGGGGUGCCGUGCUUCGGAGGACCUGUUCUGGAAGUUGACUGUACUGCAACAGUUCAUUGCGGAACUAAACUGGCCCGAUGAGGUGUUAGCGUCUCAUCUUAUGAAGAGACUUAAGUUGAUGGCUUCAGAUAUGGUUCAGUCCUGUGUGAAAAGAACGAAGGCCGCGUUUGACAAAUGGCUGAAACAAACCAGUUUCAGUCUGGAACUACUCGUACCCAGGACCGUCUGUGUCAUGCUCAACGUCGUCAUACAGGCUAAGAAACAGUCCAGAUUCCUUUGUGCGAGGGAAGAGUCCGAGAGUUGCGAGUAUCGGUAUCACUCAGAUGUCAACAUCUUUCUAAAGGAUGUUAUCCAAGAGAUGUUUUCAUCGUUUAUUUCCAAGCUGAACACCGUGCUGGAAUCGUUGUUGUCAAAGAUGGCACGUUAUGACCAGGGAUCCAUACUUGCUCCGAUGUUCUCUCUGAGGAAUCCUGGGACAGAACUUGAAGAGUCCUACUUGAAUUUUGUCAAACUUAAUUUAGAAAGUUUCAGAGAUUACUUGAACGACGAGAAAAUGAAAAAGCAGUUAAUAAAGGACUGGUACACGUCCAUAAUAACGAAGAUAUAUGACUGGCUAUCGGACAGAAUGAACAUGGCGUUACACCAGUAUCAGGUCCAGACUCUUCACGCACUUGCGGCGGAGCUCCCGCAGUUUGUCAACGAGGACUUAUCGUCAAGCCGAGCCAUUUAUUCCUGCACAUACAAAACCAUGUUUUCUCGGAUCCGACUGGAGGACGCCAUGUUAAAGGGUCAAAGCAUCUACGGCGCAGAGGAUCAGUCUUACCCCGGAGAGGAUGGGGAAGAUGACGGCAAGGAGACUGAGUCGAGUGACGAAGAAGCACUCAUUAGAUUGGAGACUGGAAACUAGUGUUUUGUUGGAAAUGUUGAGAAACGCUUUGUAAUCAGAUAACUAAUAGUUUAUUAAGAUAAUUUACGCUUAAGUAUUGGCGUAAACUAUAAUAAAUUAAAAUAUGUUAUUAUUAUUAUUAUUAUUAUUAUUAUUAUUAAGCAACAUAAAAAUUUUCUGUAUGUUUUAUGAUAGUUCAAAAAUUUGUCAGAUGAAAGUAUUGGUAAAUAGAUGAAUGAGAUAAGGUGCCAGGAAGACUGUGGUGCUGCGUUGGUGAAGGAUUUUAUAGGACAAUUCGGUUUUAUCAACUGAGUCGAUAAUGUAAAUUGGCCGCCGUACAGAGUUUCUAAAGCGGACGUUUCGAGCGUGAGUCUUUCGUCAAAUCGGGCUCAGGAUUAACACUUAAAAAAACUCUUUACAGUGGCCAAUGAACAUCAUCAUCUCAGUUAGUAAAACCAAAUUAUAGUAGUAAAUAGAGUUAUUUCAGAAAUCCCUUAACUAUUGUCUCGUCAGCAUUUCAAGUAGCAAGGUGUCAAGAAGUAAGAGGUAUUAUUUAGCCUCAAAUAAGUAAGUUAUUUGUUCUUAAUCUUGGCCAAGCUUUAGGAGUUACAAGCUUCGAGAAUUGUUCUUUCCGCCGGGAAGAAAGUAAAGUAAAUAUACUGUAGUCUUGGUAGCCUAAGAGGAAACUGUUCACAGGAAAAGGAAAAAAGGAUAUUCAAUAAUGAAUUACACGCCUAUAUCUUGUUUUGAAGGAAAGAAUUAA